AUGGAGCCUGUACUAGAAUCAUCAUCAGCUGAGCGACGGCGAACGUCUCCAGCAAGCGAACAGCUGCUCUAUGUUCCUUGUUUCCGUGGAUCUGAAAUCUCUUUUCUUGCGUUCGAUAUAUACGUUGUACCGACACCUGUUGACGGCGACUGCUCCGAUGGUGUUAUGUCUCCUGCUCUUAUCAUUGAAGAUAAGCGCUAUAACUUCUGCACUGUCUGCGUCUCAGCAUCGAAGCUGUACAUGUUUGAGUCGAGUCAUAAUCUCGGAGAUAACCCUGACCCGUCGGGCAUUAACGGGACGGCUGUUGCCACCGUUAACCUCUCAAAUUAUGUGAGUGAGCGCAAUGUCAGAUUGGAGGAUAAGAUGAUAAGCUACAUAAAUCCUAUGCACCACCCCAAAAGAUUUCCAAUAGCCACCGAAACCCCCAAGGGAGAUAUCCUUGUGUGUUCCAAUCACAUUCGGAUUAACAGUGGUGAGGAUGAUGGUAAAGCCCGACCUCCGGCUGAUUUCGAGCUCUACAAUCAGGCCACCGGCAACUGGAAACAACUCCCUUGUUUGUACGACAGUUGGGAUAAGGACCGUAAGCGAUCUUGUUCGUAUUCUAUUUCCAUUAGUUGUGUCACUUUCAGGAGCGAGUCUGCCUUUGUCGUUGUAAGCGAUAUAGGCAUGUUUGAGCUUGAUCUUGCGUCAUCUGAAGGCGGCUGGCAAGAUUUUAGCCUUGCUCGUAAGAUUCCUCGACCUUAUGGUCCUUUUAUCAUAAUGAAAGAUGGAGUGUGUUUGAGUUCGCAUUGUGGUUUCGAUGUUGAAACCCCGAAAGAACUUUCCCUGAUUUGUCCAUUUCUGAGGAGAGCAUUUGAUCCGGAUCUCGGUUUUCUUCGCCAUUCUGGUGUGGGUAUUAUUAAGAGUCAAAAUGCUCAUCAUAUGUACUACUGCAUUGUGGAGACUGUUAUAAAUGAGCAUACCUGGUGCCCUCACAUGGCUGUCUACAUAUUUAGCUGCGAUCUAGCAAAAUACAGAGAGGACAAGCAGCAGCUCAUAGCCAAACAUUGGGAGGAUCGGAGGAUUUUGAAAGUCAAAUACAAAAAGGCUAAGAAGAAGCUGAAAGCCAAAAAGGAAUACAGAGAAGAUGAUGAGGGUAAACAGAGGGAAGCCAGAGAGGCUCUGAAAAAGAAGCACCAAUGGGAUCGGAACCGUCUCAAGUAUGAAACUCUUCCACGACUUAACGCAACAUUGGUUAUGACAGUUAAGUAUGUCUUAGACACACAGAGCUGCUCGCUUCUCGCCCCUCUUAGUUUGUGUUAUGUUUAG